UUUUUACAAAACAGUAUACUACAGAAAUAUGUUAUAAAUAAACAAAACCAAUGUAAUGACGUGAUUAGCACGAGGCAGAGUUCUGUUACAAAUCAGUUCAUUUAUCUACGGGAUCUUUGCAUUCAUUGUUUUUGUAGUGAAUACCGGCUAUCCAUUGGUGAUCCGCGAGGAAUGAUUCACACAGGAGCGGUGGUGGACAGCUACUAAAUAAAUACAUAUAUUAGUUUAAAAGCGCAGCGUUCAAUACAUCACCGCAUGUAAAAGUUAACAGACUAAGUGAACAGUGCUCUACUUUACAAAUCACAUAGAUACUGUCUUUAUAUUUCACGUAAUAACUAUUAAGCUAUAACGCGUUGCAAAAAGCGUGCAUACUUUACGUAGGGAAUACAUAUCAUUAAGAAUAAUGCAUGCACUGGAUUUAUUUGUUUUCUGUUUCUUUGCGGGAAUACAGUUUCAGGGUAUUCAAGGGGAAUUUUCAUGUUUCAAGAAAUAUCGAAGAAAGAGCAAUAACUGUGGAGGAUUAGUAAAAAGAAAGAAUCUGCCUGACCCAGACACUUGUUGCUUAGAUAUAGGUCAAGGAUUCUCCCUCCUAACAUUGGAUAUACAAGGAAAAAACAAAUAUACAUGUGUAUCUUGUGAAGACUGGGAGAGACAGAAAGGUGGCACGGAAACAACAACAGCAAUAACACAUCAAGAGGACUUUCAUUGUUUCCGGAAGUACCGAAAGAAACAUCAGCAAUGCGGGGGACCAAUCAAACAACACAAGAUAUCGACGGCGGAGGAGUGUUGUCUUGGCAAAGGAAAAGGCCUCACUACAACUGGAUUGGACAAAGUAGGAAAGAAUAAAUACACGUGUAUAUCGUGUGAAGAAUGGAGGAAAUCACGUGAACAAUCAACAACGGUUCCAACCACAACAACAGAGAGAAAGUCCGAUGAAUGGGGUCCAUGGGGUGAUUGCAGCUCCACGUGUGGGACCGGAUGGCGGUCACGAUACCGACAGUGCAGUGACUGCGAGGAGACGCAGGGAUUGAGCAUGCAAUCAGAACCAUGCAUCGUUCACUAUUACUGUCCAGUCGACGGUCACUGGGGAGAAUGGAUGACUUGGAUGACGUGCACGGUAUCGUGCGGGGUCGGAAUCCGGCGGCGGGAGCGGUUCUGUAAUAGGCCGAGACCAAUGCACGGCGGUGAGAAUUGUGAGGGGCCAAUGUUGGACGAAGAAUCGUGUAAUGAGGAGCCAUGUGCAGUUGAUGGAAACUGGGGCCUGUGGACACGAUUUGGUAUGUGUUCACGAACAUGUGGGCGUGGCGAUAUGACAAGAACUAGAGAAUGUAACAGCCCCGCCCCUGCUGGUGGUGGCAGACCAUGCCGAGGGAGGAGCGUUGAUACAAGGCGUUGUGAAAGACGGAAAUGUGCAAUUCACGGAGGGUGGUCAACGUGGGAAGGGUGGAGCAGUUGUCCGGUCACAUGCGGCUCCGGUGCACGUACUCGAACACGUGCGUGUAAUAGACCGAUACCUAGAUUUGGUGGACGUCACUGUGAUGGAUCAGAAUUAGAUACAGAUAUCUGUGAUAUUGGAACACCAUGUCCAGUGGAUGGAGGUUGGUCAGAAUGGUCAGAUUUCGGAAGUUGUCGAGCCGGACCUUGUCAAUAUGGUCAUCGUAUAAAGACACGAGUUUGUGAUAAUCCUAGACCUCAACAUAGAGGGCGCAUGUGUCGAGGCCGCAGCGUAGAACGUGUUUCUUGCAAGAACGAGCAUGGAUGUCCGGUUGAUGGUGCUUGGUGUGAUUUUGGUCUAUGGUCUCCGUGCAGCGCCACCUGUUUAGGUUAUACAUCGACACAAACACGCUCACGUGCAUGCCAUUGUCCGGCGUCUAAAAAUGGCGGCAAAACAUGCAAAGGUGAUUACUUUGAAACCAGGGAGUGUUCUGGUGUUGUACCAUGCCCAGAGUCACCAACAGUAGACAUUGAUGGUUGAAAACCAGGGUCCAGACCGUUAGUCAUUUUCAACAUACAGCAGACGACAGGAAAAUGAUUCAAUAGUUUGAAGAGGACUGUGCUUUGAUUAAGGGCAGACAUCCUUAUUUAAAAUGAUUUCUGUAUCGUUGUUGUUAUUAUUUUACUUAUUUAUUAAAGCAGCACGCCUCCAGAUUCAUGUUAAUUUUCAUGAAAAUUUUGGAAAUGUAUCUAAAAGUAAAAUAUUGUGAGAUGAAUAAAGCAAUUUCCAUAUUGCAAUUUGCACUUACAAUCCAAGAAAAUUACCAAAUAGUGGUCAACAUAUGCAAAAACAGCCUUUCAAAAAUGCAGUCGUAUGUACAAUCUACAGAAAAAUAUUGUGACUUGAUUGUUAAAUUUUCUUAACUGGUUCUGUUACAGUUGUUUUAAUAGAGAACACGAGGUCAUGUUACUUCUAUGCUUACUUCAUCUAGACCAAUAAUAAUGCAUCGUUAGUCAGCAGGCGAAAUAAGUUAGUUUGCAAAUUUGCACGAUCCGCCUUAAAUAUAAUAUUGUACAUUUAAAAGUUGGAAAAUUAUAGUCCAAAAAAGCAUCCGUUGCACAAAAAAAAAAUAUUUAAGGGUUGAAAGUGAAUUGUUAGUGUCGUCUGCAUUUACCCGCCAUUUUAUGAUAAAUCUUCCACUCGAUCCGUUACUUAUUUCUUUUUUAAUGGAAUUUACUUGUUAAUUUUUUUAUCAUAUACGAUUUUGUAAAUUUAAAACACAAAAUGCAUAUUUUUAUUUUUAAUAUUACUAUUUGCCUCAUUUUAGAGGGAAAAACGUGUAAAUUGUAAAAUCAUUGUGCAUUUUAAAUGUUCUUUAUAAUUUGGCAAUGUAGCUUAGGCCAGUACAGAUGUAGCUGUUGUUUUUUGUUGUGGGUUUGCUUUUUAUAAUCUUAAAAUAUCAAUAGCGAACUAAAGAAAAAACGUUUGGUAUUUUAUUUGUAAAAAGUUUUUUUUUUUUUAACUUUUCUUGAAGUCAGUGGCAUUUUUAGAAUUUCAUGCGUAAAAAUGCUGUACUAGUAUUUUUCAUUUUAUUCUAUUCCUGUUUUUCAUGUGUUCUAAAAUAACAAUGAAUGUAUAUACCUUUUUAGUGUUUAUUUUUCACAUAUUUCUUUACAUCGAUUUAUAAUUCAUUUUUAUUAGAUCAAUUGCUUUUCUUCACAUUGUUAAAUAUCUUACUAUUGAUAAUAAAAUACAUUGAAUA